CGCUCGCAAACCAACCAAUCAUAUCGCUCCAACAAAAGGCUAACGACAGACCACAACAACGAACGUUCAACUAUCGACGACGAGUGUGGUUAUGUUGCGACAACGUAAACAGCAGAUUGGAAAAUAUCCGCAAACGACUUAAAAUGAUAUCGAUCGAUCUCGAUUCGGACGACGAGCCCGCGUUCGACAUCAGCAAUUUACCGGUCGAUAUCGUGCCGGUGCCGUCAUCCAAACCGCCGAACGUGGGCGUAUUUGACGCGGCGAUUCGAAAACUCCAGGCGAAAAACAAAAUAACGUGUUCAUUAGCCAUGACCGAAACCAAAAUCCGGCAGCCCGAGGGCCGCCACUCGAUGGAUCUCGCGAGCACGGCGACUAUCUUUUCGGUUGUAUCUCUCAAGGAGAACUGGUCGUUGCCGGUGGGCCUGUACUUUUUCGACAAUCCCACGCUAAAAGACUACGCGGACGGCGUCGCCGAGUGUCUCGCCGCGCUGCGCGACGCCGACGUCGCCAUCGUUUCGCUUAACACGAGCGGCGACGCCCCGUUCGCCGGCCUAAGCUUGGCGCAGCAGUUGGGGGCGCCAGUCGCUGUCACGGACGGUGACAUCAUAAUCCUGUCACCGACGUUCCCGAACCCGAGGGACGCGAGUCCCGUUUUUAUAGUUUGCGACCUCGAGAGGUCCGCCGCCGCCCUGGAAAGGCACUGGGAAACAAGCACCACAUUCCUAGACAGGGCCGGCAACCAAAUCGACUACUCUUUCAUACUUAAAGUGUGGGAGCUGAACGAAAGCAACCUGCUCGACAAUUUCGAAUGGACCGUCAUCAAAAAAAGGCUGUGCUACGAGGACGAAAACAUCUCAAAAACGAUGUACGCGGCGCUGACGUACCUCAAAGAGCUACCGCAUCCCGAUUUCCGGGGUUGCGACGCCACUUUGACGUUUAUAAAAACGUUGGACCGGAUCCGGGACAUCGCGCGGUUCGAAACCGGCCGCGUGGACGUGAACGAAUGGGGCCCCGUCGUGUCGGACCUCGUCGGGUACCUCGCGGGUCUGAAAUCGGCGGACGGGGCCCCAAGGUUCCGCGCGCUCGCUUUCAACUUGAUCGCGUCGCUCACGUCGCUGCGGGAGAUUUACAGGGAACGCGAAGACCUGAGGGCGGCGACGCCGCGGCGGUUCUGCCUGAACCGCCCCCGCGAAACCUUGAAAAAGUUGCGCGCGAUGGAGGAAAACGGCCGCGGUUUGCCCACCGGAUUCGAGGUUUACGCGGAGGUUACCAAGUUUAUCGACGCUUUCGAAUAAAUGCUUUUUUGCAAAA